CGCUCAACGAGCAGCUGGAUUAAAAUUGUAGGGAGAGCUGCAUAUUUUCGGUUUUAUUUAUAAAAUAGUUAGUAAAAGCACGCUAAUAGUUUUUAAAUAUACAUACGCCAAUAAACAGCAGUAGCAAAAGCCCUCUACUGAAGACCUACAACGGGUGGAUGAAGCGUUGAAGUGGAGCUUGGAAGUCACAAAAGUUUGCCUAUUAAAGCGACGGAAAAAGAGAGAGUAACAAUGGACAUUUUGGACAUCGAUGAAGCGUUGAAAGAUGAUUCUUUUAUCUGCUUGGAAGAUAAAACACACGAUGACGUUUCGAACAUAUUGCAGCAAUGGAAAAGCAACAAUUGUCCGCUACCAACGCAAUAUCAGCAGGAACAAGCUUACAAACUAAACUCGAGAACAUUUACGCGUCCUCGCAGGAAGUUGGCGCAAAAUCUUGAAUCGCCCUUUGCACACACCUCUGGUAGUAAUGGUGCACAAUCAACGCUUCCAACUCAUUCCGAACAGCUGUCACAUAAAUUUACCAUUGCCACGCCUCAGACGCCGAUUUUCAAUCUGGAAAUUGGCGGUCUAGUUACAACGAUGCAUAAGUCAUUUUUGCAAGACACGUCACCCCCCUCAUCCAUUUGUUCCUCCAUGGAUAUGUCAAUGGAGCGCAUGAAUAACUCACUAAUCACAUCAGCGGACUUUACUAACAUAAGCUUUCUACAAUCGACACAAAGCCUAGAUUUCAACGAGCCAAUGCUAAAUGGUGGCGAAUUGUUCAACUUAGCCAAUAAGACAACCAGUGAUGGUUAUACGUUAAGCGACAUGAUACGCGAUAGGAAAGCACUCGAAUCGCUAACAAUGUCGGGCGAUGGCACACUCAUAAAAGAUUCGCAUAUCGGUCAGAUCGAUGAUAUAUCACUUGCGCUCAGCAAAACGGCAUCGGGUUACAGUACCAUGGACAAUUCCACGGAGAGCAUGCAGGAUGAGCAACAGCAGGGUAAUGGUAUAAAUGCGGCGGCCAAUGCUAUCACAGUGGAUGUUGGUGGCGGUAGCUUGCUUGACGGCAAAAACAACAUUAUGCAUCGUACAAUGCUACUUAGUGAUGAUGUAAUCAGUGAUACAUCUUUUGAUUUGGUUGAAAGCAGUUUGUGUGAAAGCAUCGAAAAUGGAAAUGGAAAUAACCCAUCAACUGUACCCACAUCCGCUAAACUCAUCAACGAGACGUUCAAGAAGCCAUGGCCAAUGAACGAGACUGUUUGUCUUCCCACAAAAGCCAAUGCAACAUUCGAAUUUAAACAGCUGACACCAGAUCCGCGUUUAGCGUCAGAAACGCGUUGUGAAACUCCAGAAAAUUUGGCCGAAACAGUUGCCGCACGCAAGUUCUACGAGUCAACACCUCAUGCUGCUAGCAUGGGCAAAGACGCUCAGCAUCUUACACCUACGACCUCGAAGUUAACAAUAGAUGAGGGCAAUCUUUCGCCUAUAGUGGGCUCGCCGGAGAAAUUGAAUGCAGCACGCGUGCUGAAUGAAACCUUCGGCCAGGAGUCGGACGUCAAGAAAGUGAAUUCGAAAACAUUUUCAGGCACUUUGCCACGUCUUGAGAGUAUCGAACAAAUGUUAGAUAAUAUUGAAAAUCCCAAUGAGACUUACGAGAAAGUAUCUGCGCGCACACAAGAGCUGCAACAAAGCGCGGCCGACAUACAAAUGCAAAAUGUAUUGGAGCUCGCGCACGCUGAGGAAGAGCUUUUGGCAAGCAAUAACGAUCAGGAAUUUGAGCAUAUGCUGGAAGAAUUCAGUAAGGUGGAAGUAAAUGCUGAGCAUGUGAAAAUGAAGAAAUCGCUGGAGACAAUAAAACGACGCUUCCAUCGGGACACCAUUGCUUUGGGAAGAGCACCAGCCUUGCAACACGGCGCUGAUAGUAAUAUUCAUGCCGUCGAUAUACACGAGAAAAUAGUUGAAACGAAUGGCGCUGACUGUCAAAAUGAUUCGAGGCGUAAUGGCAGUUACAGCAAACUGGAUAUAAACGCCAGCUUGGAGCUUAAGCGUUCAUUAUUGAACGAUUGCUCAGCGCCUUCUGGUUUAUCCUCACCAUCCCCCUCAUCCGCAUCGGUAUCCGCCUCAUCGGCGGCUUCCUCGAUAACGGUCAGUGGUGGCGCCAACGUCAAUGCAACGAGUGAACGACUGCUAAGUCGUCGCAGCCGGCUAUAUGAUAAUAUAAAUCUUUCAACAAUUUCCGCUGGCAGCGAUAAUCAUCAUUCGCCAUCCCGUUCACUGGGUGCUUCAUUCACAGUACAUAAGCGUGAAGAUAACAAGCAUGAAAAUUGUGCAAUUGCCGCAGAUACAGCUACUAUAGCGGGUGCACCGAAAGAGACUGAACAAAGAGAUGAAGAAAAAGAAGAGAAUUUGGGAAAGACGGAUGAAGCGCAUGAAAAUGUACACGGAUCAGGGGUAUUGAACAAUUACAACGUUAUUGGCACUUACAGACUCUCAGAACGGCGCGAACGUGACCGUGAUCGUUUUAAGACAAUAAAAAUUGUCAAAGGAAGCAGUGCGAAUGACGAUCUUGUAGCUGUAAAUGUGCCUUGCAUCGAUGAUGAAAUUGCGUGUGAAGAGGGCGUAUCUGACGACAGCGCUGCAGUCUUCAAUAAUAAUAAAUCAGAAAUUGAAGCAGAAAAGGAAGCUGUGUCGGCAACUGGAAAUCAAAACACCUUCAAGAAAUCCACUACGGCAUCAAAAAUCAAUCCGAAUUUUUUAACAUACAAGAAGCCGAAAGAUAAACCAACACUCGGCGGAAAUUUGCCGGAGAUAGGAUGCAACGCAUUAGUCAGCAAUGGGGAGCUCGAAAAGCCAAGAGAACCGCCCAGCCGUUUACGUUCACGUUCACGCCCGCGUUAUAUUUCCGGUUUACAAAAGAUGACGGUGGUUAAAGCGAUUUCGGCGGGCGAUUUGGAUCGUGCUACAGCGCCUGGCUUGCGACCGCCUAACGCCAGCGUCAGUCAUGCUGGGCUCAACAGCUGUCAGGAUGCUUGCGCUGAGAAGACUGCCACGAACACUAAAUACCAACGCAACACGCAACCUUUGAAGACAUCAACGGAUGAGGUUAAAUCCCCAAUGGGCACCAAGUCAAAAUCCUUCCACAACUUAUCGAGUAAUUUUGGUUUUAAUGGCAACGCAAAUGGCCUGUCGGCGGGACGCAACAGCAGUUUUGGCUUAAAAAAGCCCACCACUUUUGAAAGCAAUGGUCUUUCCACAAACUCUGCGAGGGAGCAAGCCGACGAAUCAGUUUUCAAGGUACCCAAGCUUAUGUCCGGCCUACGAGCGCCUGGUGUGAAACGCGCCGGCUUGGUGCGGCCCUCCUCCGGUUACUAUAGUCUCAACAGUCUUGCCGCCAAGGGUAUGCCACCGUUGCCGCAAGCGCCACAAACACAGCCAGCGAAUGAUGCCGAUUCUGAUAGCGGCGGCAGGCAUUCACCCACAGAAAGCAUGUCUUCGGCUUCAUCGCGUAGUAGCUUACAUAGUGGCGGCGGCGGUGGUAGCAAUAUUGGCAAGCCGGUUGCAGCCGCUACUGCUUCAAAGCCCGUAUCUUUCGCCAACUCUAACACAUUGAACCUGACUAAGAUUACCACUGGUUCAACGGGUAUACCGAAGCCAUCUGGCCUGCGGCCGCCUACAACGAACAUCAAGCGCAGCGGUUUGCCCAAGCCAGCCACAGCUAUGGCGCGACGAUAAACCGUAUGUCACACACACAUACUACAUUGCAAUACAAACAACUACGUAUUUUAUAUAUAUUACUAAGCGACAUACAGUAUAUUUACACGUUUGUAAAUUACGCAAGCGGAAUUUAGGCAAGUUGGCAAUGUGACUAUGAAAUCAAAUGAAAGAAAUGUAUUGAGCUGGAGGCAUUUCUUUGUGCUCUUUUAAGUUGACACAACUAAGAUUAUUUUUUAUAUAUACAUACAUAUAUUUAAUUUUAUUUCGACGCGAAUUCGAUUCUUGUACUUUAUGUAUUACUUAGAAGACAGAAACAAACGAAAGAGAACAAUAACAAAAAAUGAGCGAAAUACUUAUAUCGUAUACAAUGAUUAUUAGAUACUGAGAAAUUUCAAAUUCGAAUAUUAGCAAUGCAUAUAAUGAAUAACUAUUUCCCUAAGAUAAAUUAUUAUCAAUUUCAAUUAUAUGUAUGUGCGUUAAUUAAAUUUAGACUAAAAAAAAAAUACUAUUAAAUGAUUUAACUAAAAACAAAACGGCGAACUUGAACUAUUAAGAAACAGAGAGAAGAGAAACUGUGUUAAGGAAACUGCCGCGAAGAAAAUGAGUGGCGAUUCUAGCUGAGUGCUUCUGAGCGCUACCUCUUCUGAGCAGUUUCAUCAGGGGACGCAAGAGAAGGGAAGAAUGCCUUAUUUUUCUGAAAAUGUUAGAGGCGUGGCUGUUGUAGCUGGCCAUCGAUGACUCGUCGUAAGCGUAGUGGAGAACAUGGAAAGUAAUCGCCGUACAAUGUUGUGACUUUCGUUCGUUUUCUCUUACUAAAUUAUGUAUUUAUAAAGCACGACGAACAAAAUGAAAUGGAAAACAAUAACUACUGCUCACAAAUAUUAAAAACAAAUUUACGAAAAGAAAUGAAGUAAGAUUAAAAGAAACUAAAAUAAAUGUAUACUCUUUUGUUGCUAAACAAUUAAAAGUAAGUGCUGAUUAAUUAUUAAAUAGUUUUUUUUUUAUACAUUCUGUUGCAUUCAAAAUCCUAAGUGUAUUCAUUAAAUAAAAGCUUUUCAUUGUCCAAUUGCUUAAAACUUAAUAUAUGCAUACAUACAACAUUACAUAACAUAAUUUCGUGCCAAUUUCAAUUGCUACAACAAACAUUGUAAAUCAGAUUGUGUCAUUUAGCAUAUCCAUAUAAUGGUGCCGUUAAACGUUUGUUUAUAAACCAGUGCAUAAGCAUAAAACAAGCUUAAGCUUACACGCCACCGCCACGUAAACUUUCGUCGUUUUACUGCUACACACUUAGUUUUGCUAUGUACUCUACUAUUGUGUUUUUGUUUUUUGCCUUAUGAUGCCAAGGUCAAAUAAAAACUGCUUUUACGCAAAUUUAUCAGUGACUGCAUAACUACAACAAAAGGUUACGUCAAUUCGAUAAGUGGCUCAUCUGCUGAACACAAUCACAUACCCACAAAACAUACAUACAUAUAAUAUUUAUAUAGUAUAUUCAUGUUUAUAAUAUGUUUAGUUAUAUAAAAAAAAUAUACGCAAAAUGUGCUUUACUCAUUGCUUUUUGUUCACAAAAA